UUGAGCAAUUAUCUAGUUUACCUUCUCCUCUUGGAAGUUAACGAUUGGCGAGAUCUUGGCUGCGUUAUUGACACAACACUUUCUAUUGAUAGAAAUAAGUAGCGAUUGUCCCGAGUCAUUGGUGCGCCAAAGUAAACUGUGAUGGGCUGGCAUGAGUCCACUGGACUGAGAAGGCUGGUUCCGCCGACGGAGGCUGUAGUGAUGGUGGCGGCGGCGAUGCUGGUCUCCCUCCUUGCAGAUCAGUAACAAGAAAAGGGGCAGAGAGAGUGAAAGAAACAGAGAGGGGAGAGCAGAGGAAAAAAAAAAAAAAAAAAAAAAAAAAAGAGGCGUCUACCAAAGCGGCUCAAACCGGGCGAACAAAUGCAAUUCAGCCAUGGACAAUAGUGGCCACCACACGGCGACCAAAAUCCUAGCGGCAACUCCGGCCAGAGAAAGCCUGUCUGCCAGGAGCAACAUGAUCAGCACGCCCAAGCCCCUCGCCUUCUCCAUUGAGCGCAUCAUGGCGCGGACGCCAGAGCCCCGCUCCAUCCCCGUCCCGCAGCUCCUCCACGGCUCCGUGGCCAAAGGCGACCCCAAGCACCCGCUGCACCUCAACUCCUCCAUCCCCUGCAUGAUCCCCUUUGUCCCGGUGGCGUACGACCCCCUGCCCAAAGCGGCGGUGGCUGGAGCGGAACCCAGGAAGGCUCAUUUAGACUCCUCUUCCUCGCCCUCCUUUAGCUGCGGCGAUCUCUUGAACUGUGCCCUGAGCUUGAAAGGCGAUUUCCCCCGCGACGCCCUGCCCUUGCAGCAGUACAAACUGGUAAGACCCCGAGUGGUCAAUCACUCCUCCUUCCACGCCAUGGGAGCCCUGUGCUAUUUCAACCGAGGCGACAGCCCUUGUCACCCGUCCUCCAGUGUCAACAUCCAUCCGGUGGCUUCUUAUUUCCUCAGCUCUCCUCUGCACCAGCAGCCCAAGGCUUACCUGGCGGAGCGGAAUAAGCUGGUGGUGCCGGCCGUGGACAAGUACCCGGCGGGGGUGGCCUUCAAGGACUUAUCGCAGGCUCAGCUGCAGCAUUACAUGAAAGAGAGUGCUCAGAUCCUCUCGGAAAAAAUCGCCUACAAGACCUCGGAGUUCAGCCGCGGAUCCCCGAGCAGCAAGCCCAAAGUUUUCACGUGUGAAGUUUGUGGAAAGGUAUUUAAUGCACAUUAUAACUUAACUCGCCAUAUGCCCGUGCACACGGGAGCCAGACCCUUUGUUUGCAAAGUUUGCGGGAAGGGUUUCAGACAGGCGAGCACGCUCUGCCGGCACAAGAUCAUCCACACCCAGGAAAAGCCACACAAGUGCAACCAGUGCGGCAAAGCCUUUAACCGGAGCUCGACCCUCAACACACACACGCGAAUACACGCCGGUUACAAACCUUUUGUCUGUGAAUUUUGUGGCAAAGGAUUUCACCAGAAAGGCAAUUACAAAAACCACAAGCUGACUCACAGCGGGGAAAAGCAGUUCAAGUGCAAUAUCUGCAACAAGGCUUUCCAUCAGGUGUACAACCUGACCUUCCACAUGCACACCCAUAACGACAAGAAGCCCUUCACCUGCCCCACCUGCGGCAAAGGCUUCUGCAGGAACUUUGACCUCAAGAAGCACGUCCGCAAGCUGCACGACAGUGCCCUGGGACUCCCCCGGCCCCCCGCAGAGCUGGGGGGGCUCGACCAGCCGCCGCCGCCCGGGCCGCUGCUGCAGGGCCCGACGCCCCUCCAGUCGUGAGGAGCGGCCGCCAGCGCGGAGGGAGCGCGGCUCGCCGCGGAGCUGCCGCCGCCGCCCGCCUCUUUGCAUGCAACUCUUAAGCGCUUUUGUGUAUUAUGCUCUAUGUGGCCACUAACGUUUAUGGGACUGAUAUAUUUUUUUCCUGUUUUCUUUUUAAGACUGUUUUUCUGCUGUCAUUGCAUCUCACGCAGAGAGAUGUUUUUGUUUUUUGGUUUUGGUCAGUUUUUUAAAAAACGAAAAAGCGCCAAGCCAAUUUCUGCUGUAUUUAUUUGGGAUCUGUAUUACCCUAGCAGGGAACGCUGCACCACUUUAAUUAUUUCGAUGUAUAUAUAUUCCCAUUGUGCUGAUCCUGCCCUGCCUCCGCUGCCUGCUAGCUAUCCCCCCCCCCCUUCUUGGUUUCCCCCUCUCCCUCUCCACCCUAUAUAUCAUAUCAUAUCUAUAUGGACAGAACUGGCUCUCUAUGUACGGAUUUGAAUUUCGGUUUGAUUCUUGCACGUGGGGGGAAAAAAAAUCGUUUACCUGGUGGAAAUAAAUAUUUAAACACGAGUGACUGCGGCGGCGGGGGUCGGUGCUGCCGGCCCGGGGGCUGCGGCUCGGCCGGGCGGGCGGGGAGCGCAGCGCUAGCGCUGGCUAACGGCAAACUUCUCCCGCUUCUUUGCCAAAACACGGAAACAACCACUAAAGACUUUAAUUAAGAGGGGUAAUUAGUUCGGAUUGAUCAAA